UUUAUUUUUUUUUUAAGUGCGUUCAUCCAUUGCCCUGAUCACCCGCACACGCGUCUCCGGCCGCGCUCACACUCACACACGCACGUAAACGCGUGGCCGCCGCCAGGUCGGCAACUUUGUCGGGCGCUCCCAGCCGAGCUCCGCUUCCUCCUGUAGUAGUUGGGUGCAGGCCCCGCCUCCCAGCCGUGUUGUCAAACGGGCCGGGGUCUCGGAUUGGUCCAGCCGCUGGGACAACACCUGCUCGACUCCUUCAUUCAAGUGACACCAGAGCUUCCAGAGAUAUUUGAGGCACCAUCCCUGCCAUUGCCGGGCACUCGCGGCGCUGCUAACGGCCUGGUCACAUGCUCUCCAGAGAGCUACGGGAGGGCGCUGGGUAACCUCUAUCCGAGCUGCGGCCGCGAGGAGGAGGGAAAAGGCGAGCAAGGAGGAAGAGUGGGAGGAGGAGGGGAAGCGGCCAAGGAGGAGGAAGAGGAGGAGGGGAGCACAAAGAAUCCAGGUCUCCGGGCGGGAGGUUUACACCAAGAACCAUGUGUGCCGAGCGGCUGGGCCAGUUCGUGACCCUGGCUUUGGUAUUGGCCACCUUCGACCCGGCGCGGGGGACCGACGCCACCAACCCACCGGAGGGUCCCCAAGACAGGGGCUCCCAACAGAAAGGCCGCCUGUCCCUGCAGAACACAGCGGAAAUCCAACACUGUUUGGUCAACGCAGGCGAUGUGGGGUGUGGUGUGUUUGAAUGUUUCGAGAACAACUCUUGUGAGAUUCGAGGCUUACAUGGGAUUUGCAUGACUUUUCUGCACAACGCUGGAAAAUUUGAUGCCCAGGGCAAAUCAUUCAUCAAAGAUGCCUUGAAGUGUAAGGCCCACGCUCUGCGGCACAGAUUCGGCUGCAUAAGCCGGAAGUGCCCCGCCAUUAAGGAAAUGGUAUUCCAGUUACAACGGGAAUGCUACCUCAAACACGAUCUGUGCUCUGCCGCCCAGGAGAACACCCGGGUAAUGGCGGAGAUGAUUCACUUCAAGGACUUACUGCUGCACGAACCAUACGUGGACCUGGUGAACCUGCUGCUGACCUGCGGGGAGGAGGUGAAGGAGGCCAUCACCCAUAGCGUCCAGGCACAGUGUGAGCAGAACUGGGGAAGUCUGUGCUCUAUCUUGAGCUUCUGCACCUCAACCAUCCAGAGGCCCCCCACGAUGCCCCCUGAGCGCCAGCUCCAGGCGGACAGAGCCAAGCUCUCCAGGGCACACCACGGUGAGGCAGGUCACCAGCUCUCAGAGCCCAGUAGUCGGGAGACAGGCAGAGGUGCCAAGGGUGAGCGAGGUAGCAAAAGCCACCCACACGCCCAUGCCAGGGGCCGAGCAGCUGGCCACGGGGGCCAGGGAACUUCUGGAAGCAGCGAGUGGGAGGAGGAACAGUCUGAGUAUUCCGAUAUCCGCAGGUGAAACGAAAGGCCUGGCCGGGAAAUCGUUCCUCCACGCCGUCCAUUUUCUUCUCUAUGGACAUUCCAGAACAUUUGCCAUUAAAGAGGGGGGAUGUCACACGCAGGAUUUGGUGGGGAUUGCGGACUUGAUGAAGGUGUGUGCUAGCGGGCCG